AUGUCACCGUCCAAAGACUUUGAAUUGGCCAUCAUUGGUGGCGGCAUCGCCGGUCUGACGUUGGCGAUUGCGCUGCACCGCCGCGAGAUCCCAUUUACGCUGUAUGAAAGCGCAGCACACUUUGGCGAGAUUGGCGCAGGCGUCUCCUUUAGCCCCAAUGCCGUGCAGGCCAUGAAGUCCAUCCAUCCGGGUGUCUACGAGGCCUUUCAGCGCGUGUGCACGGGUAACGGUUGGGAAUCCAAGCGGGACGUUUGGUUCGACUACAUAGAUGGCACCGAGGGCCACGACGGCGAGGUCGCUUUUACCAUCCGCACCAGCCUCGGUCAGAAUGGCGUCCACCGCGCCCACUAUCUUGAUGAACUGGUCAAGCUGCUGCCGGCGGACAAGGCCCACUUUGGCAAACGACUGCAGCAGAUUGAGGAAGGCGAAGACGGAAAGUUGGUCAUGUCGUUCAAGGAUGGUUCCAAGGCCACCGCAGAUGCCGUCAUUGGAUGUGACGGCAUCAAGUCCCGCGUGCGGCAGAUUAUUGUUGGCGAAGAUCACCCCUCGGCGCACCCGUCUUAUACGCACAAGUACGCAUAUCGUGGCCUCGUGCCGAUGGAGAAGGCAAUCGAGGCUAUUGGUGAAGAGCGGGCACAGAACUCUUACAUGUUUAUGGGCCCCAACGGCCAUGUACUGACCUUCCCCGUGGCUGGCGGCAAGCAGCUCAACAUUGUGGCAUUCCGGACCACGGAGGAUGAAUGGCCCGACUUUGAGAGAUUGACAAGGCGGGCCAAACAGGAAGAUGCCUUGCGCGACUUCAAGGGCUAUGGGCACAAUGUUACGAGCCUUCUCAAGCUCACCAACAAGGAACUCGACGUGUGGGCAAUUUUUGACACUGGUGCCAACCCGGUGCCUCACUUCUACAAGGGCCGCAUCUGUGUUACUGGCGACGCAGCCCACGCCACAUCGCCGCACCACGGCGCCGGCGCCGGCUUCUGCGUAGAGGACAGCUUGGUCAUGGCCGAGCUACUUGCAGACCACAGUGUGCAGGAUCGUAGCCAGCUCGAGGCCGUCUUUGCGGCCUUUGACGAAGUGCGCCGGGAACGCUCGCACUGGCUGGUACAAAGCAGCCGCUUCAUCGGCGAUUGCUACGAGUGGCGGGCCGAGGGUGUCGGUCGCGACUUCAAGAAGAUUGAGCACGAGAUCAACGAGAGAGUCUCCAAGAUUGGCAAUGUAGAUGUCGCCGAGUUUGUGGCGACGGCCAAGAAAGAUUUGCUUGCAAGGAUUGCGAAUUAG